AUGGAAAACAAUCCAGCCUCGGCAGUCAUUCCCACACCAAAACCUCUUCAUCCAGUCUACUCAGUCACCCAUAUCCAAAACAAAGUGCGUGUUCUUGAUGGCGAGAAGGUGACCUAUUCGGAUUGGGUCAAACUUUUUCGCCUUCAUGCCCAUGCCUAUGAAGUUUUAUCCCACAUUGACGGCACCAAACCCCCUGCAAAAUCCGACCCGACUUACGAGUCGUGGUCCAAAAUUGACGCCAUUGUCCUUCAAUGGAUCCUUGGCACUUUAUCCGACUCCUAUGUGAAGCGUGUCAUCGAACAUGUUGGCACGUCACAACACAUUGGAACGGCACAACAAGCAUGGGAUCGCCUUCAUACCGAUCUGGCCGAUCAACUAAAUGAUGUUGAUCAUCCGGUUACCGAGUCUCGACUCGUUCUUCAGAUGGUAACCGGCUUACCACAGGAAUACGACACGGUUGCCUCCUUUAUCACUCAAGCUGAUGAAUCGUGGGAUGAUGCUCGCGACAUGAUUGAAAGAGAACAACGUCGUCAAGCAGCCUGA